GAUGCCGUUCGAGAAGUAAACAAUCUGCACUAUAUGGUUGUUCUAUUAUCUAGCAUUACAAAACAUUUAGAUUAACCGUGAAUAAUUUUAUGUACAUAAUGUGUGUGAUGGAAUAUUAUGAUUUGUGCCAUUAUUUCCCUCCCUAAAUGAGAUUAACGAGUGUCAAAAUUAUUUGUUUAUGUAAUUCAUGAUGAAGAACAACUUUGUCUCGGAUUGGUGUAAUUAAUUCCAGUGAGAAGAGAAUAAUAUGGAAGAUUCCGAAGGCAAAUUAUUAAAUACAAAUAAUAAUAAUACUGAAUCGUUUGAAAACGAAAGGGAUGUCUCUGAACAACCGCCAAAUUUGAACGAGAAAGUUGAUUAUCAAGAGCUUGAUCGGUGGAGGGAAUCUGCAGACUUUGAUGAGUUUAAAUUACACAAUUAUUUAAAUAAUUUAUCUGAAGAGUCUUUGUCAGCAUUAUUAAAAGAUAUCAAUGAAGCUAACAAUAUUUUGGUGAAAGAAAAUGAUAUAUAUGAGUUUGUUUUAAAACAUGAUGAUACAGUUCACAAUGUACUGGAAAUGCUUGAUAUGGACAUUCAUUCACAAACAUCAGAAGAUACAUAUUCCCCUCUGUCUUAUCCUGCAAAAUGUUACUUUGCUCAUAAACGGUUAAAAAGUUUGGAAGAGGAUCUGGAAAGAAAACUAUCUUUUUGGAAACUUGAAGUUCAAGAUUUAGAGUGCAGAAUGAAAUCCAUAAGUUUGUCAUUAGAAGCUCUGAAAGAAGAACAAGAGACAUUUAACAAAAACGUUCGAUUUGGUGGCAGGAAUCCAGUUACAAAGAGAGUAAUUUUACAAAAAGUAGCCAAGUAUUUUGAUGACAGUAUUAAACAUAAAAUGGCAAUGACCAACAGAUAUAAAAUUCAAAUUCAAAGUGAUAUCAUGGAACGGAACAAACUUGCAUGUCAAUUUAAAGAGCAAGAAAAGCGACUUGCUUCAUUGGAUUUGAUGAAAUAUAAAGAAGCCAAGUUUGAGCAUGAUAAAUCUUGUAAAGCUUUACACAAGCACAAAGAACAACUUUCAAAAUGCAAAUCAAAAUAUAGCUUCUUACUUCAAAGUAUUGCUGAUAUAAAGAAAUCCUUAGAAAAAGAGGGAAAGGAAAUACAAGAAUUACAAGCUGCUGUAUCCAAGAAAGAAGCAAUGAAAAAUGUCAUGUUAUCUGAAAAAACUCGCAAUGACCAGAGAGUUGCAGAAUUAAAUGCUGCCAUGCGUAAAAUACAGCUAGAUCCUAGGCGUCAUGGUUUGCCAGAAGUAGCUGAAUAUGCUGUAGUCAAGAAAGAAAAUGAAAUUCUGAAACGAAAUAUUAAAAAAUGGAGGAAGAAAGUUGCUGUUGCUGAACAAGCGAAGCUCAUGCACCUGAGUGCUUUAAAGAAGAAAGCCAAGCAUAAGUAAAAAGAAGUAAUUAAUCCUUUUUUAUGAAUGUUUAAUAAAAUUUCUAUAAAAAUAUGAAUUGUUUAUGCUGCAUAUCUUAGUUGAAUUAAUUUCUUUUCAAUAAGUUUGUAUUUUAUUUUCUCAGUUUUAUUCAUUUGCAUUUUUUUUGUCUUCUCACGAGAUUUUUAUAUACAAUACUUGAUUCUGAUGAAUUGCAAGAGUUACAGAAUAAUGCUGUUUCACUGUUUGGAUGACAGAAGAAUGUGGUCCAAAAUUUUUAAAUGAAUAAAAUGAAAUAUUUUCAAGAGUGUUAUGUUCACAUAUUUCAAUCUGGGACCUC